UGUGGGCGCCAAGAUUGAAGCGAGUGCGGGAAGCUGCGGCUGCCCCUGAGCUCUCUGACAGCCAUGGAGCUAACGCAGAAAGCGCGGGAACUUAGUUGCUGGGCCGCAGAAAAGAUGGAGGUGCCCCGAGCGGCCCGCCCCUCGGAGUCGACGCUGCGCAGGCUGUGUCUGGGUCAGGGGGCUGACAUCUGGGCCUACAUCGUGCAGCAUGUGCACAGUCAAAGGAGUAUCAAGACGAUCCGGGGAAACCUCCUCUGGUACGGCCAUCAGGACAAUCCAAAGGUCUGUCAGAAGUUGGAGUUGGAAGCCACUGUGGCCCGCCUGCGUGCAGAGGUCCAAGGGCUAGACCAGAGUCUGGAGCUGGUGGAUCAAGAGACUGAAGCUCAGGACGUGGCCAUGGCACAGACACUGCAGAGCCUGAAAGACACCCAGCGUCGAACUCUUCUCCUCCAGGCCCAAGCCAGGGCAGUACGAAGACAGCAACGUGGACUGCAAGAUCCCAUGCAGAGGCUGCAGAAUCAGCUCAGGCGCCUGCAGGACAUGCAGAGGAAAGCCAAAGUGGAAGUGACCUUUGGACCUCCGGUGUCAGCAGCCCCAGCCCUAGAGCCUGAGGUGUUGCGUGAUGUCCGGACAGCCUGCUCCCUUCGGACUCAGUUCCUGCAGAACCUUCUCAUUCCUCAGGCCAGGGGAAGCAGCAUCCCAAGCCCUCGUGAGGACCACUUCGGAAGUUCCCAUCAGCAGUGGCUGAGCUCUGUUGAGACACUGCUGACAAACCACCCUGCAGGCCACAUCCUGGCUGCCUUGACGUACCUGGCUGCAGAGCGGGAGACAGAGCUCUGGUCCCGGUGUGGUGGGGAUGGGCUCAAAGAAGAGGUGAUGUCCAGGCCCCAGGCCCCAGACCCAUCAAACUCCAUCCAGGCCCUGCCAUCCUCCGUUCAUCUCAUCCAGGAAGGCUGGCAGGCUGUAGGUACACUAGUUACCCAGAGGAGUGCCCUCCUGGGUGAGCGACAAGUCCUGACUGGCCGCCUCCAGAGCCUCGUGGAGGAGGUGGAGAGGCGCGCUCUGGGAUCCAGUGAGAGGAAAAUGCUGCUGCUGGGACUUAGGUGCAGUGGCCUGUGGGCAGAGCUCAAAGCUCUUCAUGCCCAGAGCCAGGAACUGGGGGACGCGGUUGGGCACCGGCAACUUAUGCUUCGGGAGCUGCUGGCCAAGCAGCAGCGGAUCCUGCAGUGGCGUCAGCUGGUGGAGGAGACCCAGGAACAGAUCCGCCUGGUCAUCAAGGGAAACUCAGUCAUCAAGACCCGUCUGAGCAGGGGCCCAGAGGAGGUGCUGACUCUGAUUCAGCAGAAGGUUGUUCCCACCUCCGAAGCAGUGGCACCACAGAGCCAGGAACUGAUCCGCUGCUUGAAGGAAGAAGCCCAACACCUGCCCCACAUUCUGCUGGGUCCCCUGCUGUGGUACCAUGCCAAAGGACUGAAGCCGCUAUCCAGGAUCCUACCAUCCAUCCAUCAGCUGCACCCCACUACCCCAAGGGGUUCCAGCCUCAUCUCGCUGAGCCAUACCCUGGGGCUGCCUGUAGGAAAAGCACCCGAGCUACUCCUUCCAAAGGCUGUCUCUCUCCGCCAAGACCUUCUGUUUCUCCAAGACCAGUUGGGUCUCCAAGGAGGAAAUCUCCUUCACGUGAAGACCAGUCUGCCUCUGGGACCAUCCACCCAGGAGCUGCUGCAGAUCCAGGCGUCCCAAGAAAAGGAGCAGAACGAGGCCAUGGGGCAGGCCCUGAAGAAGCUGGACGACCUGAUGGGACAGGCACUGGAGCAAAUCCCCAAGCUGCAAGUGCUGGUGGGGGACUGGUGGGAGCAGCCAGGCCAAGCCGCCCUCUCUGGGGAGCUCUGCCAGGGCCUGUCCCUGCCCCAGUGGCAGCUGCGCUGGGCCCAGGCCCGGGGAGCCCUGCAGCAGCCAUACAAAUGAGGAGGAGGCCAGGAGCAGUCAAGAAUUGCAAGUGAGCCUGGUGGUGUGAGCCCGUUGUCUGCUGGGGAGGCCGAGGAGCCGGGGAAAGGACGCCUGUUGAUUUCUACGCCAGCCUCGGCUACACAGCGAUUUCCAAGACAGCCUAGGCUACAUAGUGAGAGGUCCUAUUUCAAAAAUAAAUAGUAUUUAACCCCCAAACUUCACCUCCCUCAAUAAAGCAUUUGAAAGAAAGUA